CAUGGCGACUUACAUCGCCAAGUCACUGUAAUACAAUGUGUCUUCAUUCGAGAAUCAUUACCUUUGUUUAAGCAUUUUAGAACCAGUCGAUUUACAAAUUUGACAGUUAAAUAGAUACAUGAUAUCAUGAAUCACACAAAUUCUGCGUCGCUCUUUAAAGCACUGUUAUAACUUUCGAAUCAAGAUUGAAAAGUUUGCUGAGGGUUGCAGUCUAAAGGAAAAGUCUAAUUUUGAAGCAUACCUGUAUCCACGAUGCAAAUAAAAAGUGUGGAAGCCUUAAAAUCGUGGCUAACAACUCGUUUGGAGUCAGUUUGUGAUGCUGAUCCAGCAGCUCUGGCCAAGUAUGUUGUUGCUCUAGUGAAAAAAGACAAGCCUAUAGAAGAACUCAAAGACAUUUGUGUGGACCAGUUAGAAGUUUUCCUGUCUGGAGAAACAGCUACUUUUGUGAACACAUUAUUUGAAGCUCUUGCCACCUCAUCUUAUGUUCCUCAAACACUUACUGAACCAAAUACUGGACCAAUUGCUAGCUCUGCUCCUCUGCCAAAAGCUGUUCCUUCACAGUCAGCCCCUAACUCAACCACACCGCAGGAAAAACCCAGGAAGUCGUCCAUAUCAGAGGACUCACGAGUUCUAACAGAGCCCUCAGUACUAGAUGAUGAUGACAGAGAUUUUAAGAGAACAAGGAGAACAACAGAUUCUAGUGACAAAAUUACCAGCUCAGUGGUGUCCAGCAGCGCUGACAGAUCUCGCAAACGAAGAGGUGACGAUGACAGCAGAUUCAGGGGUGACUACUCAAAGUUUAUGAAAGAGGAAUCUGGUGGAAUGCGACAUGGAGAUUCUGAAUCUCAUGAUGAUCAGGGCCCCAGAAAUAAAUCUGAUGGAGCACAUUAUGACAAUGCAACUUAUCCUAUUCCAAGUGCCAUGCAUCGUGAACGAAAUAACAAGCAUUUGGACGGCCAGGAUGGGUUAAUGCGAGCUGGUUUUAUAAACUCUCAUGAUGAUUCUAGGGGAAGGCGUGGCAGUCCCUCCUGGGAUCGAAGAGGUGGUAGAAUGGGGAGAGGACGAUACAGAGAUGACAGAUUUAGAGAUGACCGCUCAAGACAUGGGCGAGAAGAAAGAGAUAGAAGUGGUCCCAGAAAGUCUCGUUGUAGAGAUUAUGAUGAAAAAGGAUUUUGCAUGCGUGGAGAACUCUGCCCCUUCGAUCAUGGAAAUGACCCAGUUGUUGUCCAGGAUGUCCUUCCCCCAGGUAUAUUAGGCUUUCCAGAUGGCCAACCCAUCCCACCAGCGACAUUACCUGGCACUGCUGGUCCAAUACCAGGGAGUUACCCAGCCCCACACCCAGCCCCACACCCUGCCCCAAACUCCCAACCCCCUCCUCCAGGCACCACUGGUCCUUUACCAAAUGAUGUACCCAAAUCCAAAGCAAGCCAGGAAGGUCCCGACAGCACUGUACCUGUGAGUGGCCCAAGACAAACAGCUCCAACCAGAAUGGUUGCUCCACACAGCCAAGCCCCAGUCAUACCAAUGCCAACAGUUCAUAUGAUGCCACAGCCUAUGUUAAGGCCACAGGUACCCCGUCCUCAAUUUGGUAAUCCAUUUGAAGAUUCUUACAAUCCAGAACAGCCUCAAUUUGACAGGACACCAGUGUGGAUGAGACUUGGCAAUGGUCGUCCUCCUCACCCUAUCCCCCCACAUGGAAUGUUUCACCCUAACAUGGGUGGUAUGAGGUCAAGAGAGCUCUUAGCAGUUACUCCAAAUCCACCUCAGCUCACUGUUCAAGUUCCAAACACGUCUGGCCCCAGAACAAGAAUGCCCUCCAUACCUGACAGAAUCGUGAUCCACUCAGAUAAUGUUCCUACUCCGCCUCAAGAUCAACAGCCACCAGCCCUGAAGCAACCCUCUGCCGUGCCACAGCCCGGUGUGGGGCAGGCUCCUGGCAAGAAAGAUGACGCUGUUCCAGUCAAAAGUCGACUUGGCUUCCCCAGGAAGCUUAGUGACACUUUGGAAUUGAAGAAGAUUCCUCGGGAACUGAACAACAUUGCCAAGUUGAAUGAGCAUUUUCAACGAUUUGGAACCAUCAGAAACAUUCAGGUUUGUGCCUUUGGUGAUCCUGAAGCAGCACUUGUUCAGUUUUCUCAUCACCAAGAAUGUAAAGCAGCUUAUUCCUGUCCUGAUGCUGUCCUCGGCAACCGAUUUAUCAGGGUGUUCUGGCACAACCCGGACAGAAAUCAGAAUAAUAAGGAUGGAAAUUCAAAAAAAGAAGGCACGCCAUCUAGUAACCCUGGAUCAGAGUCUGCUGAUGGGGAAUCAACUACAAAGGAGAAUUCCAUUAAGUCUGCUGCUGAACCUAAGGCAAAACCAACCAUGUUUCAAAGUGGGAAGACAACUUUCUCAAAGACUGCAAAGGCACCUCCUGUUCUUGCACCAUCUGGUCCAGCUUUGACUAAAAGGCAACAGGAACUUCAAAAACAGGAAGCUAUGAAAAAGAAGCUUGAAAUUCAGAAACAAAAGCAAGAACUACUCAACAAGCAAAUUCAAGAACAAAAGCUUCUAAUCUCCAAGCUUGAGAAGAAAAACUUGAGUGCCGCAGAGAAAGAGUUGAUAAUGAAGACCAUCAAAUCUCUAAGUUCAAACAUUGAAAUGUUGAAGAAGGAAGUGGAGUUAACAGCAAUGGCAGCUAAAUCAAAAGAGAGUCCUUCACAGGCCAGACAAAUUGCUCAGAAAGCAAUUCUUGACCAAGAGUUAGAUCUCAUUACCCAUCAAAACACAGGAGAAGACACCACAGAACUGAAGAAAAAAUUUGAAGAACUGAAACAAGAGGCCAAAUCUCUUGGAUUGUUAGACCCACCCAAUAAAGGGCGUGGCAGAGGUGUGGUUAGAGGUAGAGGCAGAGGAACAGCUGUCAGAGGCAGGCCUCUUCCGAGAACAACACGGGUGUGGACAAGGGAAAGUGCCAGCCUGGAUCACAGACCCAGACAGAUUGUUGUGAAUGAAGUCACACCAGAACAGAGAGAAGAUAUUUCAGAACACUACAGUGAAUUUGGAAUUGUUGACAAUGAAGAAUAUAGUGAGGACAAGAAUACCCUUCACCUGACUUUUCGCACAAGAAAAGAAGCAGAAAUUGCAUACAACAAAGGGAAAACAUUCAAAGGAAGAGCUCUGAAAGUUGCAUGGUAUCGCGCUCCAGUCCCUCCCCCUUCUCCAUCUACAGCUGUUCCAACCACGCCCACCACACCCACCACUCCAACAACACUAAAGAAAGUUGAGGAAGAGCUAGGACUUUUUGAUGCAGAAUUGGGAAAACAUGAAUUCGAUCCUGAGACAGAGGAAGCCCUCCUUUUGGGAGAAGACUUUGACGAGGAAGAGGAAGAAGAAGAUGAGCGAUCAUGGAAAAGAUAGACUAUUGCAUGUUCUAACUCAACAUUUUGUGAUAUAGAUAGGAAAACCACUUUGCAAUUUUCCAGAGUCAAAGUUUAUUUAUGUGAGCAUGCCACAUAAUUCUGUAACCAAAUGGUGGUGCUUGCCACAUUUUAGAUGACUUAUAAUUAUAUUAUGUUGUUAUUUCUAUUUUAAUUUUACUUCCUGUUGUUAUGAACCAUUGUACAGUCAAUUAGUCACUGACCUUAGAAGAGUGAAACGAUUCUUUAAAAAAAGAAAAAUGAAGAAAAAGAUAAUGAAAAGAAGUUCUACAAAGAGAAAAGAACAAAAAACAUUUGCUUGACUUCAAGCUCCCAGAAGAAAAAUUCUUUCCCUCUUGAAAAAAACAGUGAAGACAAAAAACACACUUCUGAAAAAAAAAAAAAAAACUAAAAAAA